GUCUCAUCUUGACGCCAGAUAAGGAGCCCUUCUCUGGCAUCGACACUGGAUUUAUUUUAUUCACCGGUGCUCUGCAUGGGCUUUUCCUCAUUUAAAUGAAUUAAUUUUGCGUAACACUUCGCCAAAGCUUAGAUCCAGUGUUGUCGCCCUUGUUUUGGCUUACGCAGCCCGUUUGGAGUGGCAUUUCGCUGUUGUGUUGCGGACCGCUAAUGCGAAGGGAGCGCUGAUCCAUCAGCCGACGCUAAGACCUCCCAGCUUUGAGGAUAAGAUUCUUAAUUAGACACGGUGACACAAAGAGGUAAACACGGCUCUUUUGCGCUUUAUACGUUUUUCUGGUAGCGUUUUAACCAAAUUAUUUAGGCAACCGGUGUAUUCAACCAUAGCAAGACAAAUCCCGUCCGUGUUCAUGCCAGAUCUGCAGCGUUUUAGUUUUCCAUACCAUAGCAUGAAUCCUUUGUUGGGGGCCAACGCGCUUCUCCAACAGCAUCAGCAGCAGAGCCAGCCACCCAGCCAUCCGGACUCCCCGUCAGGCCUCCUUCCCGACACCGUUUUAGGUGGAUCGGACCCGGGGUCCUUUCUGCUGGGUGACCAGCCUGGAUCGGAGCCUGAUCUGCCUGGGCCUGACUUCACCGCACCCUCACAAACCUCAGCUUACAUCCAUAAUCACCACCACCACCGCACUGUGCCGCCACCUCCUGCGGCGAUGGCCCUCAGAAAUGACCUAGGAUCUAACAUCAGUGUCCUCAAAACCUUGAAUCUGAGGUUCCGAUGCUUCCUGGCCAAAGUGCAUGAAUUGGAGCGAAGAAAUAAGAUUUUAGAAAAACAGCUGCAACAGGCGUUGGAUGCCAACAAAGGUUGCCAGGGUGGAUGCUGUGAGGGCAACGCGCAUACCCAAGAAACGGGUGUGCAGACUGGAUUCGUCGGGACAAUCCCUCUCAGGCCCGGCUCCCUCCCGUUUCACAACACCAACAACUCUGCCAGGAGGCCCACAGCACUGUUCACACCACCUCUGACAACAACACUCUCCCAUGCGCCCUGCAACAAAGCUGAAAAUCCCAACUCGGCUCAACCCAACAUCAACUCUAACCCGACCAUCACCAUCAGUCAGUCCACUCCAGUUGUGGACUCUCCUGCCGGUACCCCUGGCUCUAAAACAGUGUCCAGCACCACUGUCCCUGGGAGCUCCACUAACCCUCCUCCACGGUUCCUGCCCGGUACCAUCUGGUCCUACAACCACACCCGCAAAUUCGGCCCGAGCGUGGAGCGCCUGACCAGCCCCGGUGUGUCCUGGAUGCACCCGGAUGGAGUUGGGGUCCAGAUUGACACCAUCACCCCAGAGAUCAGAGCCUUGUAUAAUGUCCUGGCUAAAGUGAAGAGGGAGCGAGACGAGUAUAAACGCAGAUGGGAGGAGGAAUACACUAUGAGGGUGGAUCUCCAGCAGAAGAUUGUGGACCUUCAGGAGGAUUUGCAGGAGAGUGAAGGCUGUCAGGAUGAGCUUGCUGUCAGAGUUCAGCAGUUGAAGGCAGAGCUGGUUCUCUUCAAAGGCCUCAUGAGCAAUCAGAACUUAUCAGAGUUGGACAGUAAGAUACAGGAGAAAGCCAUGAAGGUGGACAUGGACAUCUGCCGCAGGAUCGACAUCACCGCUCGCCUCUGUGACGUGGCUCAGCAGAGGAACUGUGAAGACGUCAUCCAGAUGUACCAGGUUCCAAACACCCAGCAGUCCUUAAACUGUCGCCGGAAACAAAGUUCUUUGUCUUUUAAUGGGAGUGAGUGCGAUGAGCCCGUCAGCACCUCUGAGAGCGAUGCAGCUGGGCCCAAAGAGGAGGAGCACUGCAGCUCAGCGGCCAGUCAGAUCAAUGAGGAGAUGCAGAGGAUGCUGAGCCAACUGCGGGAAUGUGAGUUUGAGGAUGACUGUGACAGUCUGGCCUGGGAGGAGACUGAGGAGACGCUGCUUCUCUGGGAGGAUUUCCCAGGAUGCACUCUACCUCCUGACCCCACCCACCAGCCAGGAGAGCAGGAGGACUGUUUGGAAAAGGUGAUUAACGACACCGAAUGUCUGUUCAAAUCCCGGGAGAAGGAAUACCAAGAGACAAUUGACCAGAUUGAGCUGGAGUUGGCCACAGCUAAAAGUGACAUGAACCGGCACCUGCAUGAGUACAUGGAGAUGUGCUCAAUGAAGAGAGGCCUGGACGUUCAGAUGGAGACCUGCAGGCGACUCAUCACACAGAGUGGAGACAGCGGCAGUAACUCUGCUGCGCCUGUAUCUGGUGAGGAGAGUGAUCAAAGAGAGAGUGACAAAUCUUCAACCUCUCCUCCUCCUCCCCCUCCUCCUCCUUCCUCGAGUGCGGCCAGAUCUUGACCCAUUCUAAGCCCGGCAGCGACGGAAACUGCGGUCAUGUGACCUCCAUUGCAUCCAGCUACACCACCACACCAAUGCAAUACACCUAAAUGUGGCAACAUCAGUGUUUACAUUAACCUCUAGUUUCACUAACCCAUAUCUUUUCUUUCUGCUGUCCGUGGGAAUCAGCUUAGGCUCCAUUUGAACAUAGAAGUUGCAAUUGUGUAGCAGACCUGGAUUAUUAUUGUUAUUACUAAUCCAUGAAAGUGUCACUGCCCUUACUGGGGAACAGGUAAUCUUACAGUUGAAUUCUGUUGUCUUUAGAAAGUGUGCUGGUGUUAUGGAUUAUAUCGAUGUGAAAAAGGUAUGGAAGGUUGAUGAUCCUGAAUUGACUGUAAGUCCCUUGUGAUGGAGUGGGACAAUACAUUGCUGUAGGCUACAGGAAAGCAUAACAUGACAUAAUAUUAUUCACUCAACACACCCUAGCAGUCACUUGUUACCCUGUGAGUAGCAGGUACCAUUAGACCUGUGGAGCUUCACAGAGGCCGCUCCAGUCAAAUUCCCAAUCCCAUAAUUUACGGGAAUUAACGCUCUACCGACGGAUGAACAAAAAAGUAGGAAGCAGCAUAUCUGGAAUUUAAUAGUGCUUUGCUUGAUGAUGCAGUGUUUGUCCUGAGGUAGCUACAGCAAGAAAUGUAUUGUUUGACUGGAAGUCAUUUGUUGGAACAUCUGAGUCUUUUAACAGGAUGUCAUGAUUCAGAUGGUAUUUUUAUUGCCUUAUCUACAGAUACAGAGCUCACUUUGUAUCUGUAUCAUAACAAGUCAAACUAGGGAAAAGCAAAUCUUAAGCCGUAAUUACAGAAAAAAUUACAUCAGUGCUUCAAUAGGCAGAAUAUGAAAAAAGAAAGUUACAGAAAUAACCAAAAAUACUAAGAAACGCAAUGAUGGGAACAGCUCUUCUGUAAUAGCUGUGCAUCAUUUGGAAGUCCCUUGUGCUACUGCUGAUCUUAUUAGGUAUAACAUCAAAAAGAAAAAAAAAUCAUUUUUGGUCUCUCACGGUCACGGUAUACUGUGAUCCUGUUUAAUUUUACCUGGAACCAAGUACAAGUUAAUGGAAAAGUCCACCCUUUUUGAUCACAGAUCACUGAACAGAAUAUCUCAUCAUUUAGGGAUAGUUCAUCCACACCUACAACAGACUUUAAUAGAAAUUUAAUUUUCAAAGAGCAGAGACUUCUUUCUGAACUCAUUCAGUACCAACAUCCAACAAUCGCACGAGCAGAAAUCUAUAGUUGAAGAGACAGAAAUACCACUUUUUUUCAAGAUUUUCUUAUUUGAUAUCUGAGAAAAUAUUUCCUCAGAUGUUGAAAAGGUGAUGGUAAAUUGUUCUUCCUCUUCACUAAGAUCACAAAAAUGCUGUUGUUCUUUUACCUGUUUGCUUUUCAAGUUACUUAGGUGGAGAAGUGAGUAUUUUUUAAGAGUUAGUUUAAUUGUAGAUAUACUUGAGGUAGUCACUAACUGAAGCAGGAGUACAUGAGGCAGGUUGGGGAAAUGUGGGCACAACAAAAAGGUAAAGUACAACAUUUCAUCACAGCAUUACUUCUGGAAUCUGCUGAACACAGCCUGCUGAUGCACAGCAGUGUGAAAGUAUCUGAGGGUGGUGUUUUCCUUUAAUGGCACUUAAGUACCAGAUGACAGGCUUUGGUGAGGUAUUACAACUAGACAAGGUCAGAGGGCAGCAUGAUUAUUUUUAAUUUGGAAUGCAGUCAAAGUCUCUGUCUGGCCUUCAUGCUGUGAGAAUAGUGUAAAUACUCUCUUGAAGCUGAUCUGAGUCAGUCCCGGGGCCUUGCUCUGCUCUCUGUGUCUCAAUGUCACUGACACAGAGAAACGGAAAGAAAUGAUGCAGGGCGUUGACACUCAAGUGUCAUAUGUACAGUAGGAGCUGUGUCAGUUAGUUGUAUUUUUAGCAAUAAUGCUUAGAGAGAACAGAGGUACCAGGCACUGUCUGAGCAGAGUCAAAGAUUACAGUAAAGAUGAAAACAUAAAAAAAAUAAAUAAAACAGAGAAGAUGGUCAUGAAAUAAUUCAGUUAGCCACUGAGUGCCAAAACUAAAUGAACAUAAACAGUUUAUGAAUUAACCGAGAAUUGCUGAAAAAAAAAAAAAA